UUACCGGUCUCGAAGAGGGGUCAACCUACUCCGUCACUGUGAUGACUACUCUCUGUGGACUGCAAGACAAUGAAGAAGACAGAAUUAUUGCCACUACAAUGCCUGCUGUUCCAUCUGUGGCUCCUUUGUAUGUGGAGGUGUUAGUAGAGAACUCUACCACUGUCACUGUCCAGUGGGGGCCAAUAGAUUGUGUCCACGAGAAUGGAAAAAUAACUCACUAUUCUGUGAGGUAUAGGGUGAUGGACAGCAGUAAGCAUAAUAGUGGGGGCAGUGGGUUGAAUAAUGGAUUGAUUGAAAUGGUGUCGGGAGACCCAGUGGGGGAAUGACAACAAUAUCUGGACUGACCAAAAAGACAGUCUACACUGUCGAAAUUGCAGCUCAAAACACUGCUGGUACUGGAGUGUACAGCAACCCUAAGAGUUUUCAGAUGCCCAAUGAUGUGUAUAUAAGCCUGAAUGGUGACAUAAUUCAAAAAUCAUGGUCUUGUCGUGGUAAACAGUAUUGGCUUCAACUACAGCACAUCUCUACUUUGUCACUAUGAUGGACAUCUUGAUGCUAACUGUGAACUGGACUGGUUUAAACCAAAUGGUAGCAGAAUUACUACUGAUAGUGCUGAACAAAGUACCACAAGUAACAUGGUUGUCAGCUUGACAAGAACCACUGCUAUUGCAAUGGAGGGGAUAUAUCAUUGCGCAUUAUGCAAUGGAAAUGCAUCUCGUAAAGUGUACGUAGGUAUAUACCCCGUUGACGAAGGUCUAAUCCAGAUAUAUGGAAAUGUUGCUUUCGUUCUAGAUUCAAACCCCAAUGAAGCUACUCCUCAGUUCAGACUCUGUUGUACGUCUACUGGGGGACCUGCUACCACUGUAACCUGGUCAAGAGAUUCUGAGACUCUGAGUGAAGGAGCUGAAACUGUGUUGAAUGAUGCAACAACAGCACAGUACACCCACACACUCACUGUAACUGGAAAUCUGGAAGGACUCUAUGCAUGCUCUGUGGCUAAUGAAACCUCUAAUGAUUUGGCUCGGCUGAAUGUAACUGCUCCCUCCCCACCUUCUGAUGUGAAAUUCAGUCAAAAUGGACUGAAAAGUGUACUAGUAUCUUGGACAUCUCGAGUGCCAGCAGUAACUGGAUAUGUUAUACAUUACCAGGAACAAAAUGGGGAACAGAAUGGCUCACUAACUGCCGAGGGAAGUGAAUCUGCAGCUAAUAUUACAGGA